AUGGCACGUAUCUUCAACAGAGCCAGAUCACCACUCUUGUGUUUCGCUCAAGCUCGCCGUAGUCCCAGGCUUCCAUACCACUCCAUAACCCAGAAACCCUCACCUAGAAUCAUAACGCCGGACAGAGACCACAGCGCCAGCUCCGACGUGGCCAAUUCCAACUGGCUGAUCACCAAGCUCAGCCGAGAAGGCAAAAUCGGAGACGCCCGCCACGUGUUCGACGAAAUGCCUGAGAGAGACGUGGUGACGUGGACGACGGUGAUCACGGCCUACGUCAAGCACGGCAUGCUGGAGGAGGCCCGGAGGCUCUUGGAUAGAGCCGAUGCCGAGAAGAACGUCAUCACGUGGACGGCGUUGGUCGGCGGUUACAUAAGGUUUAGAAAGCUUAAAGAGGCUGAGAUGUUGUUCUAUCAAAUGCCGGUGAGGAAUGUUAUUAGUUGGGACACUAUGAUCGACGGCUACACGAGGAGCGGGAAGGUUAAUCAAGCGUUGGAGCUGUUUGAGAGGAUGCCGGAGAGGAAUGUGGUUUCGUGGAACACGGUUUUGACGGCUUUGGCGCAAUGUGGGAGAAUUGAGGAGGCCAGGAGGCUGUUUGGUUUGAUGCCGGAAAGGGAUGUUAUUUCGUGGACCGCAAUGGUGGUGGGGCUCACGAGAAAUCGGAGGGUUGAUGAAGCUAGAGAGGUUUUUGAUAGGAUGCCGAGGAGGAAUGUGGUGUCAUGGAAUGCGAUGAUCACGGGGUAUGCGCAGAAUGGGAGGCUGGAGGAGGCUCUUGAGUUGUUUGAGAGGAUGCCGGAGAGGGACAUGCCUUCAUGGAACACGAUGGUUACUGGGUUUAUUCAGAAUGGGGACUUGGAACGGGCGUGGGAGUUGUUUGUUAGAAUGCCGCAGAAGAAUGUCAUAUCAUGGACUACAAUGAUCACUGGGUAUGUACAAGAUGGGAGUAGAAGUGAAGAUGCACUGAUGAUAUUUUCGAAAAUGGUGGCAGAUAAUGGGGUGAGACCUAAUCGGGGAACUUUUGUCAAUAUCUUGAGUGCUUGUAGCAAUUUAGCUGGUCUUUGCGAGGGACGUCAGAUACAUCAGAUGGUAACUAAAACAGUGGUCCAGGAAUGUGUACAUUUGGUGUCUGCACUCAUAAAUAUGUAUUCAAAAUGUGGGGAUAUAGUCUCUGCAAGGAAGAUGUUUGAAGAUGGAUCCACAAUGCAAAGGGAUUUUAUCUCCUGGAAUGGAAUGAUUGCAGCUUAUGCACAUCAUGGAUGCGGUAUCGAGGCAAUCAACCUGUAUAAUGAAAUGCGGCAAUUGGGGUGCAAACCUGAUGAUGUUACUUAUGUGGGGCUUCUUUCGGCAUGCAGCCAUGCUGGUUUGGUGGAGGAGGGACUAAAUCUUUUUGAUGAGCUUCUCAAAGAUGGUUCUAUACAAGUGAGGGAAGAUCACUACACGAUGUACAAGUUAUAG